ACAGCUGAUGAUCACGUGACCAACCCGGAAGCCGAAAAUUGCAGGUGCUCUAAACAAAACGGAUGUAUCUAACACUUCACCGAAUAAAUUAACGAAAUAUUUACAGCCCCAGAAUGAAUCGGGACUGUAGUAGGAAACUACAAACUGCAACAAGAGAAAAAAUCAAGAAAUUCAACUUCCUACGUGGUCGAGAGGUCCGUUCGGGUGAGUUCUGGGAUGCAGUGGUCAUUACAGCUGUCGACAGGAGUCAGAAAGAAGCAUAUGAGCUGCAAAUCAGCGAGAAGCUCGACCGGAAGGAGCUCCCCCUCGGACCUCAAUACAACGUCUUCUCAGAUCCUCCUGGAUCCAAAAUAGGGAAUGGAGGAUCCACUCUGUAUGCUCUGCAGCAGCUGGAAGACAUUUAUGGAAAAACUCUGAGUGGACUGAGAGUUAUUCUCAUCCAUGCAGGCGGCUUCAGCCAGCGUCUGCCCAGUGCCAGCGCUCUGGGGAAGAUCUUCACGGCUCUGCCGCUGGGCGAGCCCAUCUACCAGAUGCUGGAGCUCAAACUGGCCAUGUACGUGGACUUUCCAUCCCAGAUGAAGCCCGGCGUCCUGGUGACCUGCGCGGAUGACAUGGAGCUCUACAGUGUAGGCAAGGAGGAGAGGGUCACGUUUGAUAAGCCUGGGUUCACAGCUUUGGCCCACCCCUCCUCUCUGUCUGUGGGCACCACCCAUGGGGUGUUUGUGUUGGGUCUGRGUGAGGGUUCCCCUCGCCCAGAAAUGGAGAACACUUCCUGUCGGCGUUUUCUGCACAAGCCGAGCGUCGACAGGAUGAGAGACGAAGGAGCUGUUUGUGAGACGCAGACUGGAUUGUUUUGUGUGUCCGACGGUGAGUUUGUUUACACAGACAGCACCUAUUAUGUUGAUUUUGCCACUGCCAAGACUCUUCUGAACCUGCUGUGUGAACUGGGGCCCCUGAGCUGUGAGAUCGAUGCGUACGGGGACUUCCUUCAAGCUUUAGGUCCCGACGCCACCGUAGAAUACACGAACAACACUGCUAAUGUCACCACAGAGGAGCGCAGCCUGGUGGGAAUCCGUCAGAAGAUCUUCCGUCGUCUCAGAGGGACCCCCCUGAAUGUCGUCCUGCUGAAUAACUCCAAGUUUUAUCACGUGGGGACCACCUCGGAGUACCUGUUUCACCUGACGGAGGACGAGGCYCUGCGGAGCGAGCUGGGCCUCCUGUCGUCCGCCUUCAGCGUGAGCGAAGCCUCCUCCGGCCGCUGRGUCAUGUACAGCCUCCUCCAUCCCAGCUGCUCUGUGGGAGCCGGGUCGGUGGUGGAGUACUCCAGGCUGGAGGCGGGGGUGUCUGUAGGAGGGGGCUCCAUCGUCAGCAGCUGCUGGGUCGGUCCAGGACAGGCAGUGCCGGCCGGAGUCUCCAUGCACUCCCUGUGCGUGGAACACCGGGAGCACACCGGGUUCGUCACCGUCUUCUUCGGGAUCGAGGACGACUUGAAGCUCAGCGUGGACUCUCCUGCGUUCGCAGAGGAGCUGGAGCUUCUGGGGCUCAGCUUGUCCGAGUGUCUGUCRCUCUGGGSGAUGGACGAGGAGCGGCUGAAGUUCUCCAGUGACRGCUGCAGUUUGUGGAGCGCUCGUUUGUUUCCCGUUUGUUCGGACCAGCCGAGCUCCUUCUCGCUGUCUCUGACGAUGCUGCAGGCCGUCCAGAGGGGCUCCGCCAGCCCCCCGCCCAAAGACGUAACGUUCAUGUCGAUGCAGGACUGUUUACAGCAGAAAAACCUGAAGGAAAUGUUGAAGCUCAGGAGAGGACUACAUGAUGACAUCACUCAGAGAAAAGUUGGCCAGUAAAACAACCAUGUUUGUGAUCAUUAUGUCACUUAUAUAUUUUUGAUAAAAGAAAAAAAAAUUGUAUUCAAAAAGUUCCUUUACAAGUUUGGCUUCUAUCAACAAAUUUUGGUAUAACUGCAUGAAAAAUUCAUUGUUUUUAUUGUAUUUAUUCUUUACAAUCCAAUAUAUUUUUUUAUCAGGUAGUAUAUGUAAUCCUUCACGAUAAAUGUUCUUUGUUCAAUAAAAAAAUUUAAUUUACAUUAUUUAA